GCAGGAGGGUGUCCGCGGCGCGCCAUGGAGGGGCUGGACGGUAAUGGAAGUACAGUGCAAACUGAACAUUUGUUACCAUGCAAGAUCUGUGGGAGGACUUUUUUCCCAAAUGCACUAAAAAAACAUGUUCCAAUUUGCCAAAAAACUGCUGCUAAGAAAAGGAAAACGUUUGACUCCAGCAGACAGAGAGCAGAGGGAACUGAUAUUUCCAUAGUAAAACCUCUGAAACCACGGCCAGAUCCACCCAAGAAGCCAUCAAACUGGAGACGAAAACAUCAGGAGCUCAUAGCAGCAAUAAGAGCAGCCAAAGGAGUUGAUCAGGUUCUUAAAGAAGGAGGGAAGCUGCCACCACCACCGCCACCUUCUUAUGAUCCAGAUUACAUCCAGUGCCCUUAUUGCCAGAGAAGAUUUAGUGAAAGUGCAGCUGAUCGACACAUAAAUUUCUGUAAAGAACAGGCAGCUCGUAUUGCUAAUAAAGGGAAAGUGGUUACUGAGGCUAAAGGGAAGCUUCCUACUAGAUCCCAGUACAAGUCGCCAUCUGUAAAGAAGAUGCCUUCCACGGGGAUAACAUCGCCAGCCUCAUCACGUUUGCCGCAGCCAAGUACACCUGCAAACAAAAUGUUGCCGACCAGUGGGCCUGUGGGAAGCAAAAUCCAGAGUUCAUCUCUAGCUCAGAAAAACUCAGUAAGGACAACAAGCCCACAGACAGGAGGCCCCAUGAAACCACGGACAGGAGCACCUACCGGUAUGGCACGAAACACUGGCAUGGGCAUAAUGGCAAACAAAAGAAAAUCUUAUGGUACUGAAAGCAACUCUAACAGGACUGGAUAUGAGAGCGGAGACUGUUCAUCUUCUAUCAACGGAGGAAGCUCUAAAAGCAGUGAGGGAAAUUCACCUGCACAGUUACCAAAAUUCUGUUACGAAUGCGGAGCCAAAUACCCAGUUGAAUCUGCAAAAUUCUGCUGCGAAUGUGGAGUUCGGCGAAUGGUGGUGUGAGUGUGUUCAAA